AAGAAUAAUCCCACCUCAUUGGAAUCAUUCAUUGUCUUCAUCAAUAGUCAAUAGAGUUUUUUAGAGAAAAGUUAAAGAUGUUGUGGAAGGAAGAGCUUGUGUUCUUAGCUCAAAACUAUUUUGACACCGCAGUGGUGGUGGUUCUUUCCAUAACUAUUUUAUUGUUGGUUUCAAAAGCUUGGAGGAGGUUGAGGAGCAAGAAUGUUGGAGGAAUUCCUGGUCACUUGGGGUUGCCUUUUGUAGGGGAAACCUUCUCUUUUUUUUCUGCUAAUAACAGUACAAAAGGAUGUUACCACUUUGUCAGGCUUCGCCGGUUAUGGCAUGGUAGGUGGUUCAAGACAAGGCUAUUUGGAAAGAUCCAUGUGUUUGUUCCAAGUGCAGAGGGUGCAAAAGCAAUAUUUGCCAAGGAUUUUGUCCAGUUUAAUAAGGGAUACGUGAAAUCCAUGGCAGAUGCUGUUGGAGAGAAGAGUUUACUGUGCGUUUCCCAUGAAAACCACGGAAGGAUUAGGCGUCUCCUAUCUGAUCCUUUCUCCAUGACUUCUCUGUCUAAGUUUGUCAAAGAAUUCGACGACAUGCUCUCCGAAAGGCUAAAGAAACUUGAAAAAGAUGGGAAAGGUUUUGUACUACUAGAUUUUAGCAUGAAGAUAACAUUUGAUUCCAUGUGCAACAUGCUAAUGAGUCUAAGAGAUGAAUCUACACUCAGACAGCUUGAGAAAGAUUGCAUUGCCGUCUCUGAUGCCAUGUUAUCUUUCCCAUUCAUGAUCCCAGGAACUAGGUACUACAAAGGCAUCAAGGCACGAACUCGACUCAUGGAAAGGUUUAGAGAGAUAAUUUCCAGGCGGCGGAGGGGAGAGGAGUCACAGGAAGACUUCCUGCAGUCAAUGUUGCAGAGAGAUGCAUAUCCUCCUGAUGAAAAGCUAGAUGACACAGAGAUAAUGGAUAACCUAUUGACACUGAUAAUUGCAGGCCAAACGACUACAGCUGCUGCUAUGAUGUGGAGUAUCAAGUUCCUGGACGAAAACAGAGAAGCCCAAGAAAGGCUGCGGGAAGAACAAUUGUCAAUUCUACGAAAGAAGGACUAUGGAGAACAGCUUACCCUUGAAGACCUUAACAAAAUGUCCUAUUGUUUAAAGGUCGUCAAAGAGACGUUGAGAAUGUCCAAUGUUUUGCUGUGGUUUCCUCGAGUGGCACUAGGGGAUUGCAGAUUAGAAGGUUUUGAAAUAAAGAAAGGAUGGCAUGUGAACAUCGACGCAACAUGCAUUCAUUAUGACCCAGAUUUGUACAAGGACCCCAUGCAAUUCAACCCUUCCAGAUUUGAUGAAAUUCAAAAGCCAUACAGUUUCAUACCUUUUGGAUCUGGACCCAGGACCUGCCUAGGAAUUAACAUGGCCAGAGUAACAAUGAUGGUCUUUCUGCACAGAAUGACUGGAGGGUACAUGUGGACAGUUGAUGAUCCAGAUCCUUGCCUUGAAAAGAAGGCACAUAUCCCUAGGUUGAGAAGCGGCUGUCCCAUUACCUUGAAGACCUUGUAAGAUGGGACAUAAGUGUAGAAGCGAGAAUUUUCUCAGGUAUAGCUAGGAGAAGUGGUACGAUUCUAAUGCAUGGUAAUAAGAUAGGUUAAAUUUCUUAAAAUUUGAGGAAGCAGGUGAUAAUAAGUAUCAUAUCCUCUAAAUUUCACUUCUGUUAAGCUUCCUGAAAAAGCAUACUAGUUAAGGCAAAGGAAAAGAUAACUUCGCAAAACUACAGUGGGAACUUCUCACUUUAUGAUGCGUCUUUUCUUUUCUUUAAGAAACUAUUUGUGGAGUCUUUAUAAAAUUCAAUAUAAUUUAAAUAAACUAA